AUGAGCACCCGUCGGAGAAUUUUUGGACUUAUUGAAUCAGCUGAUGUUGCACCUGCUGGUGCAACACCAAUUGUUCUUCACGUUCAUGCGCCAAGGGUCAUAUUUGUGGAGGCCAAUGAUUUUGGUCUUCGCGUUGGCGAGCCUGGUGUUGAGUUUGUAGAGACCAGGGCCAAUGAUUUUGGUCUCCGCGUUGACGAGCCUGGUGCCGAGUUUGCAGAGACCAGGAUCCCUACUCAUCACAUGACUGGCACAUCAUCUCCAAUUUCAAAAGAUGAUUUUGUUCUACCAUUCCGUGUGGUUGAAGAACAUCAACCACCUAUUGAAGCAGAGUCAUCCAAGAUUCCACAAGAUAUAGAGGAUGUAACAGUUUAUCACAUGGAAUCAGCUGCUGCAGAGCCCUUUGAAGAGCCUGUUGCUUCUGAUACAUUAAAGUUAUCUGCUAAGAAUAGUCAAAGUAGGUUGGCUCUUGGCUUCACCCUCACUUUUGCCUUCACCCUCACUUUUGCCUGGCCUUUGUACUUGGUCUUCAAUGUCUCCGGAAAAAAAUAUGACCGUUUUGCAAGCCACUAUUAUCCUUAUAGCCCAAUAUAUACCGAUCGUGAGAGGUUACAAAUCUACAUUUCAGAUGCAGGUGUCAUUGCAACUACUUAUUUGUUGUAUCGCGCUACUUUGACUAAAGGGCUAGCUUGGGUUGUCUGCAUCUAUGGGGUACCCCUCCUUAUUGUCAAUGGCCUUGUAGUCUUUAUCACUCUUUUGCACCACACUCACUCCUCAUUGCCACAUUAUGAUUCAUCUGAGUGGGAUUUUCUAAGGGGAGCUCUAGCUACAGUAGAUAGAGACUAUGGUUUCCUAAAUAAGGUAUUCCACAAUGUUACAGAUACACAUGUUUUGCAUCAUAUAUUUCCAUACAUAUCACAUCACAAUGCAGUGGAGGCAACAAAAGCUAUCAAACCAUUGUUAGGAGAAUACUAUAAAUUUGAUGAUACUCCAAUUUUAAAGGCAAUGUGGAGGGAUACAAAGGAGUGCAUCUUUGUGGAGAAAGACAAGGAUAAAGGUGUUUAUUGGUACAAGAACAAGCUUUGAUACUUGAAUACCAAC